AUGGCUUCGACCGACUGGACUCGUGCAGCCCCCUGGAUCUGGCUGCCUAAAUAUCUCGAGGAAGAUAAUUGCCCUGGCCGAUACUUCCUCUUCAGAAAGGCCUUUCAAUGGCAUCACUCAGAUGACCUACCAAAUCUCUUUGUGCACGUCUCCGCCGACAGUCGCUAUCGCCUCUUCGUCAACGGUCACCGCGCGAGCUGGGGUCCCUGCAAGUCUUAUCCGGGAAAAUGGUACUACGAGACAGUGGACAUCCGUCCAUAUCUCCGCGACGGUGACAAUGUAAUCAGUGCUCGGGUCCUGCGAUAUUCCACACUCGUGCCGGGCUCAUCGUCUAUCGUGAGCAUGCCGCUGCCCGGGUUCAUGCUGUACUCCCCGCAUCCCGAGCUCGCCAUUUCCACUGAUUCCUCGUGGACGUGCAUCGAGCAGCGCUCCGUCAAGAUUAUCCCGCAGUCCGAGUGGAACUACCUCCUGGGACCGCCCUUCCUAUCCAACAAUGAACGCAUCGAGGAGGACCAAACCAUAACCGGCUGGCAAAUGCCUGGAUAUGAUGACGCGGCGUGGGACAAGGCCGUAUUCCAGUACAAUGCUGUGAAAAUGCUUCCUAUGGUGAGCCCGUGGAAGCUGUGUCCGCGUCCAAUACCAGAUUUACCCGAAGUUCCAGGGGAGUUCGACGGUGUGGUCAAAGCCACUGGUUCCGUCAGCGAGGACGAGUGGAAUGCACUGAUUCGGGAGGACCAGCACGUGGUGAUUCCAGCGGAUGCGCGGGUGACAGUGGACCUCAGCGUAGGCGCACUGAUGACGGCGUUUGUCAACUUCGCUUUCAGAGGAGGAGCAGGCACGAAAGUCAGCGUGUUGUACUCAGAAUGUUAUGAGAAGGAUCUGGGAGUGGAAACGGCGCCAUUCCCCAUGCCUAGAACCAAGGGCAAUCGCUCUGAUACGACUGGUCGCCUGUACGGGGUGAAAGAUUUCUAUAAUGUCACCUCCGGACAGGACACCCACUCGUUCGAGCCAUUCUGGUUCCGGUGUUUCCGCUACGUGCAACUCGAAAUAACCACCGCUUCCAAUCCAAUCACAUUGACGAGCAUAUCCCUGCGAGAGACAUCCUACCCACUAGAGAUUACCACCAAGGUGGACGCAGGUGCCGAGCUCAACAACAUUUGGGAGAUCAGUCUGCGAACACUCCAGAAUUGCCGCCACGAGACGUACGAAGAUUGCCCGUUCUACGAGCAGAAUCAAUUCGCAUCAGAUUCACGACUGCAGCUGCUUUUCAGCUACCAGUUAUCCCCUGAUGACCGUCUCGCCCGCAAGACUCUCGAGGAAUUCCACGCUAGCCGGACCCCAGACGGGCUCAUAGUGGCACAGUAUCCGGCGGGAUUCGCUUCUAAGCAGAUCCCGCAGUUCUCGCUAUUCUGGAUCCUGAUGGUACACGAUCACAUGAUGUACUUUGCGGAUCGAGCACUAGUGCGCAGAUACCUGAGCACAGUCGAUAGCAUCAUUCAGCAUUUCGAGGAUCGCCUCAACGAGAGUGGACUAGUGGGGCAAUUCGACCCGGAUACGUGGCCGUUCGUGGACUGGGUCCAGGAUUGGUUCGUUCCAGGCCAGAUCUUUAAGUCAUGUAUGCCUCCGGCGUAUCAUACUGCGGGCGCAGCCACCGUCAACAGUUUGAUGUAUGCGUAUGCCCUGCUGCAUGCGGCUGAGCUGUGUGAAUUUGUGGGGAGAAUGAGUACGGCGGAGGAGUACCGGGCGCGGGUGCGCAGUAUCCAGAAAGCCGUAAAGGAACUCUGCAAGUCUAACUCCCAGCUGUAUCUGGAUGGCCCCGGAGUGGAACAGUACAGCCAACACACACAAGUAUUCGCCAUCCUCAGCGAGACGGUAACAGGAGACGCGGCAAAGCAGCUCCUCAGACAGACCGUGACCGACUCUUCACUCGCGCAAUGCUCUUAUGCAAUGAAGUUUUACGUCUUCCGAGCAGCAGAAAAGGCGGGUAUAUACAGCGAGCUAUUUCCCAGCAUGCUGGAUCCAUGGCGGGCCAUGAUGGCCAAUAACCUGACAACAUGGGCAGAGGAUGAGGUGAACGCCCGCAGCGACUGCCAUGGGUGGAGCGCCAGUCCGGUGAACGAGAUCGUCACGCAGCUGUUCGGGGUGAAACCCGCCGAGCCAGGCUUUGGGCGGGUCCGCAUCGAGCCUCGGAGGGAAUUAGUGGCUCAGGCUGAGGGCUCGUUGUAUACCACUCGGGGGAAUAUCAAGGUGCAGUGGGGCCCGGGGAAGCCGCUAACUGUCGAGGCGACGAGUAAGGUUCUUGUGGAGAUUGUGGUUGAUGGUCAGGUGGUUAAGAAGGUGCUGGGUCCUGGGGAACCAGUAAUAAUUUCUUGA